AUGUCGUCCAGUGAGAUCUAUCGCUACUACUACAAGACCUCCGAGGACUUGCAAGGCUUCAAGACGGCGGCCACCGAGCCGUACUUUAACCCCAUGGCCGCCUACAAUCCCGGCGUGGUGAGCCACUACCAGUUCAACUGCAACUCGCUGGCCAGCAGUAGCAACUACCUGUCGGCCAACGGGUUCAUCAGCUUCGAGCAGGCCAGUUCCGAUGGGUGGAUCUCCUCGUCCUCGCCGGCCAGCCACCGAUCCGAGAGCCCCGAGUAUGUGGAUCUCAAUACCAUGUAUAAUGGUGGUUGCAGCAUGGCACCGCAACAGCAACAGCAGCAGUAUGGACUUAUCCUAGAGCAGGGACUAGUUCCCCCGGCAGCAACAGUUCAAGGACCACCAGCUGUGGCCACUCCACCGGCAGUAGAGGCCAUGGGCUCCUCCAAUGUGGGCACUUGUAAGACCGUGUCCCCUCCCGCUGCUGCCGUGGCGAAAUCCAAGCGCUCCUACACCAAGAAGAACCAGCAAGUGACGGCCACCACGACCUCCUCAGGCUUAAACGCAGCCUCAACCACAGCAUCAGCCACGUCAGAAUCCGCAGCUACAGCCACAAUAAACCUCUACACCGACGAGUUCCAGAACUUUGACUUCGAUAACUCCGCCCUGUUCGAUGACGCCGUCGAGGACGACGACGACCUGAUGCUCUUCGGCAGCGGUGGCGAGGAUUUCGACGGCAAUGAUGGCUCCUUCGACCUGGCCGAUGGCGAUGGUGAUGCCACCGCAGCGGGGUCCGGCAAGAAGAGGCGCGGCAAACAGAUCACUCCGGUGGUCAAGCGGAAGCGUCGCCUGGCCGCCAACGCCCGGGAACGUCGUCGGAUGCAGAACCUCAACCAGGCCUUCGACCGCCUCAGGCAGUACUUGCCCUGCCUGGGCAACGACCGCCAGUUGUCCAAGCACGAGACCCUGCAGAUGGCCCAGACCUACAUCUCCGCCCUGGGGGAUCUUCUGCGGUGA